UGACACAUUAACAAGAGGCAGAAGAAGAAGCAGCAGCAAGUUUUUACAAUCUCGCCGCAGUGUAUUUUAUUUGGAUUGACUGUAGUAGGAUAUUAUUGAACACAAAUCACUGUCAAUCUAAAGAUGCCCCUCAAAUUGGACAUCAAGCGUCGUCUGACGUCGCGCUCGGACCGCGUCAAGUGCGUUGAUUUGCAUCCGGCCGAGCCAUGGAUGUUGUGUGCCCUAUACAAUGGCCACGUACACAUCAUGAAUUACGAGAAUCAGCAAUUGGUCAAAGAUUUCGAAGUAUGUGAUGUGCCAGUGCGCUCCGCGCGAUUCGUGGCACGCAAGAAUUGGAUAAUUACUGGAUCGGACGACAUGCAAAUACGCAUCUUCAACUACAACACACUGGAGAAGGUCCAUUCCUACGAGGCGCAUUCGGACUAUCUGCGCUGCAUUGCCGUGCAUCCCACACAGCCCCUGGUGCUGACCAGCAGCGAUGAUAUGCUUAUCAAAUUGUGGAACUGGGAGAAGUUGUGGGCCUGUCAGCGCGUCUUUGAGGGCCACACGCACUAUGUCAUGCAGAUCGUGUUUAAUCCCAAGGAUAAUAACACCUUUGCAUCUGCAUCCUUGGAUCGCACCGUUAAGGUGUGGCAGCUGGGCUCAAAUUUUGCAAACUUUACGUUGGAAGGCCACGAGAAGGGCGUCAAUUGUGUGGACUAUUAUCAUGGCGGAGACAAGCCGUAUUUGAUUUCGGGCGCCGACGAUCGCUUAGUCAAGAUCUGGGAUUAUCAGAACAAGACCUGUGUCCAAACCCUCGAGGGACAUGCACAAAACAUUUCGGCCGUCUGCUUUCAUCCCGAACUGCCAAUCCUGCUGACCGGCUCUGAAGAUGGCACCGUCAGGAUUUGGCACUCGGGCACCUACCGCCUGGAGACCUGUCUGAACUACGGCUUCGAGCGCGUAUGGACCAUUGCCAGCAUGCGUGGCACCAACAAUGUUGCCCUGGGCUAUGAUGAAGGCUCCAUCAUCAUCAAAGUCGGCCGCGAGGAACCGGCCAUGUCCAUGGACGUGGUGGGCGGCAAGAUCAUAUGGGCCAAACAUUCCGAAAUGCAACAGGUCAAUCUGAAAACAAUUGCGGAUGGCACCGAGAUUAAGGACGGCGAGCGUCUGCCCGUCGCCGUCAAGGACAUGGGCGCCUGCGAAAUCUACCCGCAGACCAUUGCACAUAAUCCCAACGGCCGCUUUGUGGUCGUCUGUGGUGAUGGCGAGUACAUCAUAUAUACGUCCAUGGCGCUGCGCAACAAAGCCUUUGGCUCGGCCCAGGAGUUCGUUUGGGCGCUGGAGAGCAACGAGUAUGCCAUUCGCGAGAGCAAUGGCACUGUGCGUCUGUUCCGCAACUUCAAGGAGCGCAAGAGCUUCACGCCCGAGUAUGGCGCCGAGAGCAUCUAUGGCGGCUACUACUUUGGCGUGAAGACCUCGUCGGGUCUGGCCUUCUACGAUUGGGAGUCGCUGCAGCUGGUGCGCCGCAUCGAGGUGCAACCACGUAACGUCUUCUGGAACGACAGCGGCACUCUUGUUUGCCUGGCAACCGAUGACUCCUACUUCAUAUUGGGCGUGGACACUGCCCAAAUCGCCAAUGCGCUGGAGACAAAGGAGGGACUGGAGGAUGAUGGCGUGGAAAGCGCUUUCAAUGUGCUCGGCGAAGUAUCUGAAUCUGUGAAAACUGGCCUGUGGGUGGGCGAUUGCUUCAUAUACACCAAUUCCGUGAAUCGCAUCAACUACUAUGUAGGCGGAGAGAUUGUGACCAUCUCGCAUUUGGAUCGCACCAUGUACUUGCUGGGCUAUGUGCCCAAGGACAAUCGCUUGUAUCUGGGCGAUAAGGAACUGAAUGUAAUUAGCUUCUGCCUGCAGCUGUCCGUCCUGGAGUACCAGACGGCCGUGAUGCGUCGCGAUUUUGAGCGCGCUGAUCUGGUGCUGCCCACCAUACCAAAGGAGCAUCGUACUCGCGUGGCCCACUUCCUAGAGAAGCAGGGCUUCAAGGAGCAGGCACUGCAGGUCUCCACCGAUCCGGACCACAAAUUCGACUUGGCUCUGCAAAUUGGCGAACUAGAGAUUGCCCUCAAGCUGGCGCGCGAAGCAGAAAACUCACAGAAGUGGACACAGCUAGCAGAUGUUGCCUCGCGCCGGAAUAACAUGGCCUUGGUGAAGGAGUGCAUGCAGAAAGCCAACGACUUUAGUGGUUUGCUGCUGCUCUCGACUGCCUCGGGCGAUGCACAGAUGCUGGAGGAGGUGGGAGCAACCAGCUCGGCACAAGGCCGCCAUAAUAUUGCAUUCCUCUCCGCCUUCCUUCGCUCAGAUGUGGAGCGUUGCCUGGAGAUUCUCAUUGAAACCAAUCGCCUGCCCGAGGCGGCGUUCUUCGCGCGCACCUACUUGCCCAGCCAAAUGUCGCGUGUGGUCGAACUCUGGCGCGAGGAGCUGGGCAAGGUGAACGAGAAGGCGGGCCAGUCGCUGGCCGAUCCCACGCAGUAUACAAAUCUCUUUCCGGGCCUGGGCGAUGCGCUGCGCGUAGAGCAAUUUCUGGCCGAGGAGCGAGCACGCAAAGCGCCAGCCCGUCUAGCUGCACAGUUGCCAUUGAAUAGCGAGCGCAAUCCACUUGAGGAGCUGAAUGCGGCUGAGCAGCAAAGCGGCGGCUUACAACUGGAGAAGGAGAAGCCGCCGUUUGUGCCUGCAUCCUUGCCAGCGACAACAGCAGCAGCAGCUAGCACUAAAGCUACCGCUGCUCCAGCCAAAGCUGCUGUCGGCGAUGAUGAGGACGAUGAUGAUGAUUUGGAUCUGGAGAUUGAUGGCAUUACGUUGGACGACAACAUAGAUACGACAGAUGUUAAUCUUGAUGAUGACUUUCUGAGCGAUGAUUAGAUGCGAGAGCUCUAUUUGAUAAUAUGCAUUAGAAGUAUCGAAAAUUAUUUUUUGAUUCAGCAAAACGCUUUAGAUAUUGCAGAA